AUGCUUCGUCGUAUCAAAGUCAGGCUGCACCCCCGGCGAGCCCAUUCUUCAGCCGCCCAAGCCCGCAUCCAACAUGAUGAGCCCUAUGGCCAAGACUAUGGUGCUGGUCCCUCAAGGCUCCCUUACCAGCCACCCUCCCCCUCGGCGUCUUCAUCGAGACAGGGACCGCGUUUGUUUCGGCAAAAGCUUGACUCGCUAUCGACAGCGAGUUACGGCAAUCCUGAGAUCCUUACGGGGACCAUCCUGAGAUCGAUGAGACUUGCCAGUCUCAAGUCGGAAGAGUAUAUCGCUUCGCUAUCAACGCUGGAGCUGCAUAUACUGGUCCACCAUCUGAUACGCAACAAGAAGGGCAAUCUUGCGACGAGCGUGGUAGUGCAUGCUCUAAGAGGAGCCCCUCGCAUGGCCCGGCGAAAUCGCGUCCACGUAAAGACGCUCAAAGCCCUCUUUGCCCAUCGCAGCAUCUUUCAUUUGACUGAGGGUAAACCCAAACCCAAAAAUCCCAAGUACAAUCUCAAGCCUACCCUCCUUGAACAACAACCGCCUCCUCCAAGUCCCCGAUUGCAAUCCCUACUCGAUUUGCUCGAUUUACUACAAGACGUGCGCUAUCUUCGUACGCCCGAGAUGUACAACCUCAUCAUCCGCGCGUGCUGCGCAGAGUCUCAGCCCCACAUCGCCGCCAAGAUAUACGUCGGCCUCGUCGAGGAAUGGGUCACUGAAGGUCGUGUCGCAGAGGGAGCAUCCCCGGAGGACUUUCAUCCCGGUGGUGGCCCGCCAAGAGAGUGGGUGGAAUGGAAGCAAGAGAGAGGGGCAAGGUGGUGGACUGGCAUCAGGACGUGGAAAUGGCCUGGGGAGGUUCUGUCGCCGCAUGACCGACUGGACCUAUGGCAUCCGAGGAAUAUCGCAUUACCUGAGAAGAUGCGCAACUUUCCUGUACCCCUCGCCACCUCUCCUCCCUCCAUCGUUCCUGCCCCCCAUUCUGGCCUACUCAAUACUAUCGUAUCGUCAUUGGAUCUGAACCCCAGACUUGUGACUCCACACGAGUUUGCCUCUUCCAUGCGCGCGCUGGCAAUACUAGCCAACACCGUACUCUCCCGCACCCUCCCCAUCCUCGCUCUCCGUCAUCUCCUCCAAGCCGCCCAUCGCGCACCUUUCAAGCCUGACGUCUUUCCCGAGUCUCUCCUCUCCAAACCCGAGGGUGAUGAUUGGGCGUUCACGGCAUUUACUCAGACUCACGUCAUGUUGAUGAGCCUCCUGUGGCGCCCGCCGAUGUCGGCGUCCAACAUGGGUAUGAUACAGGCAGCCCACGAAGCGGAGCAGAGGGUGCUGCCAUCGCCCGACCUGCCCCCUGUCAUCAACUCGGAGAAUCUUCCCGUCCCCCUCGUUCAAGACAGCCCCUACAAACUCCCGCCUCUCUCCUGGUCCUCUUCCCUUGUGCUCCUGUCUUACGGCUUCCGCUCCCUGAGAGCGCCAGACAUCGUCGCUGCUCUAUUAGGCUACAUGAAGGCGGCUUUCAAGAUGGGCGGUAGAGCACCGGAUGCUUGGAAUAUCAUACUCGGUGGCGCUUCUCGUUUGAAGCAGCAUCAAGUUGCUGAAGAAGUAGGAGGCGUCUUAUUCAGCGGUCUCGCCCUUCCGAGUCCAGAGGACCAGAUGGACAAGCGCGAGUUCUUUUCAAGGAGAAAGAUGGCUGCCCAGGGGGACAUUACAAAGGUCGGGGGUGGGCUCAAUGUGAUAUUACCCGAAGAGAAGGAUAUGCCGGAAGCGAACGAAGCGUCGGUGCUAGAGUUUAUUAGACAUCUCUCGGCGACAUCACAAUUCUCGAGGCUGGAAGCUUUGAUCUAUCAGCUCAUUCCUUACCUUGCUUCAGAGAAGGCCGAGCUUGGAGAAGGUGACGAGGAGAUGGGCCUGGUAGUCGGGGAAAGCGGCCGGCUCAAGUCGUCGCGGUUGACGCCCAGAAUAUACACCUCGUUGCUCAAGGGCCUCGAGAAUGCCGGUAAACCUGGCCUCGCCCAAAGAGUAUACAACAUUGCCCUCUACUCGGAGCGUGGUGCUUUCCAGGACCUUCUCGCCGAUGACCCUCUGCUCUCUGCUCCCCCGCCCGAAAUGCUGCUCCCACAGGAAGCAUUCACCACCCUCAUGAGGACGUAUGCUCAACGUGAAUCAGCACUUGCAAACGGCAAAUCGUUGACAGGCGUCAAGCUUCCAAGGGGUUCGGGCAGGCUGCCCCCGGUGGUGGGACUGGGAGUGUUGGCGCUCGAGCUGCAUGGGCAGGUCAGGAAGCGGUGGGUGGAUGAAUGGGUUGUGGUUUGGGAGAUGAAGGGCGCCAAAGGGAAACGAUACUUCCAUGCGCUCAUUCGAUGCUGCUGGGCCCGCUUUGACCUUUCCACAUGCUUUCCUUCUCCCGAGGGAAUCACCAAAGAAUUCGCGCCUUUGACUAAACAGGUCGAGCGAGAAAUGGUGGGGGUCAUCAAGGAUAUGGAGCGAUGGGGUUUGGACGUGCCGAAAGUCCUGGUGAAGAGGAUAAGGGAGGAGUAUGUGGAGGAAGGAGAGAGGGGCGAUGAAGUAAUCGAGGAGAGGAGAGAAGCCAAAGGGGACCAUUUGGAGGUGGCCAAGAAGGACACGGGUAAAAGGUCGGAGGCGAGAAAGCUGAUGCUGAGGAUCAUGGGGACGCAAUAG